UGAAAUUCAAAACUAUUAAUUGUUAUAUAUUUCCAAAUAGUUAAAAUUGAAUCAAAAGCCGAAUGAAUUUUUGCUCAGUUGUUAUUACGGCACUUUAUUAAAUUUUUUAAUAAAUGUUUAAAAAAAUAAAAAAAAAAUAUUGAUAGUUUAUUGUAAAAAAUAUUUUCAUUAAAAAUGGAUCCGAUGUCAUCAACAAAUGAAAUCGGAAUGCAUGAUACUAAAUUGGACAUGUAUGACGAUGUAUUAUACAAUAUUGAUCCUCAAAAUGUCGAAGGAGAAAUGACCGUAGGAAGUACAAGACAGCAAGCUAAUCUUGGAGAACCUGAAUUUAAUACUUUAGAUGAACCUAUUAAGGAUACGAUUCUCAGAGAUCUUAAGACAGUUGGUAACAAAUUUUACCAUGUUAUUUAUCCAAAAGAAAAGUCAAGCUUACUUAAAGAAUGGGAUCUUUGGGGUCCUUUGGUGUUAUGUACGUUCAUGGCAAUGAUCUUGCAAGGUUCUGCUGAUGAUACAAAUUCAAAUGAUGGUGGACCAGAGUUUGCAGAAGUAUUUGUAAUAGUAUGGAUUGGAUCGAUGAUCGUAACAUUAAAUUCUAAACUAUUGGGAGGAAAUAUAUCGUUUUUCCAAAGUGUUUGUGUCCUGGGUUAUUGUCUAUUACCAACGACAAUAGCUCUCAUUGUAUGUAAAAUUAUUCUUCUAUUUGAACAAACAACUUAUUUAUUUUUUAUUCGCUUAGUUGUUGUAAUUGUUGGAUUUGCUUGGGCCACUUACGCGUCAACGGCUUUUCUUGGUGACAGUCAACCACCUCAACGGAAACUUCUGGCAAUAUAUCCAAUAUUUUUGUUUUAUUUCAUUAUUUCCUGGUUAAUUAUUUCUCAUUCCGCAUAAAGUGAAUCUCAAUCUUUCCGAGAUUAAUCUAUGCACAAAUCAAUGAUUUUAAUAUAAAAUUUUAAGAAGACCGAAUUCCAGCAUUUAACUAAGUGAAGGUAUUUUUUGUUCUAAGUUAAAAUAAUGUAUAUGAAACAUACUGAUUGAUGAAAUUAAUAUUUAAAUAUCA